CAAUUUCUGCGUCUGCGUCGUUCUUACUGAGAUUUUGUUCGAUUAGCUUUGUACUACUAUACGUAUAUAUAUAUAGAGAGAGAGAGAGAGAGAGGGAGAGGGAGAGGGAGAUCAGAGAUGGCGAAUCAAGGGGCGAAGAAGCGAAAGGAAGAGAACAGUCGUCGCCUGAAGAACCUCCUUCGCUUCAUCAUCUUUUCCAAUGUUUUUUAUCUUGUGGUGAGGGCGGGGAUCUUCCAUUCUACUUUCAAGUGGAAGCAUUGGGUUGGCUUCUUGUUGACUUUUUUCACCUACGUUAUCCCCUAUCAACAACUUGCCACGAUGGCAAAACCUACAUAUUCUGAAAGUGGGGAGCUUGAAGAUGGUGGGUUUGAUUUGACUACUGAUGGAGUUUGCGGGAAUGUUUCCCUAAUGUUAUUUCUGCUUUUGUUUCUUCUAGGUUUCAUAUUUAAUCUUCUCUGGUUUGUUGAUAUUUUGGUUCCAUUUUUAUAUCUGAACCAAAACCCUUUUGCUUAUUUGUAAAAUGAAGUCUUUGAAAAGUGCAAUGAG